AACUUACCACGUGACGGAACCCGGAAGUGAAGCAGAGUCAGCAGCAGAGAGGUUGUAAGUUUUGAAUUAGUAACGGUGCGACCGGGCUGAUGAGAUUUAACCGACAGUGAAGUAGAUAUUUCCAUAAAUUGAAAUUUCCGGCGACAGAAUGAGCCAGAAAUGUGUCGCAAAAUUACGAACUGCAACGAGAGAGAAACUCGGAAAAUUUAAUUCUCUGCGCGGUGAGUUAAGGAUUCUCUGCAUCUGUGUGAAGUUACAGUCUUCAACAAUACAUGACAUGAGCUCUGUCGCUUUGUGUAUGUUUGCAGGUCGAGAGGUCCAGCCCGGGGAGUUUUGGGAUGUGGUGGUUGUGACCGCCGUAGAUGAGAGUCAGAGAGAGGCUUAUGAGGUCCAGAUCUCAGAGAAAGUGACCAGAAAAGAGCUCCCCCUCGGUGUCCACUACAAGGUUCUCUCUGAUCCACCUGGACCUAAAAUAGGUGAGAACUUUACAUUUCCCUUUGUUUGUUGAGGUGGAGAUAAAGAAAAUUCACCAUUAAUAUCAUUAUUAAUAUUAUCAGUAUCUAUAACCUUUUGUGUUGAAGGUAAUGGGGGCUCCACUCUGUACGCCCUCCAGCAGCUGAAUGAUGUGUUUGGAAAAGCUUGGAGCUCACUAAGAGUCAUCCUGAUCCAUGCAGGUAGAAUUUGGUUGCUUUUUAAGGCAAUUAAAACAUUUCCAUUGCCCUUUAUUGCCUUUUGUAUCAUAUUUGAUACAUACUUUUAUGAUACUUCUAUCAAAUCAAUAUGAUCAACAAAUUACUAAAAAAACACCUGAAUACAGUCUGAUAAAUGAUAAAAAUGUCCUCUUGUGGUUCAUUAGUUACCAAAAACAUCUAAUAUAUCAAACAAGAUAAAUAAAUAUAUUUGUUACAUUUUAAGGACAUUUUGAUUUUUUUUUUGUUGUUGUUGUUGUUUUUUAGUAGUAAGUGAAAUAAACAUUUCAGCUCCAAAAAUUUGAAUUUUCUGGCCAUAAUUUGUGGUUUCAAGCAUUAAUAAAAAUAAUAUAAUAACUUUAUUUGUAUAGCACUUAAAAAAAACAGAUCUUUACAAAGUGCUUUGACACAUAUUCGUAGAGCACAUGGAAAAAGACAAAUAAAAACAAAAAUCUCAGUAAAAACGGAAUUGAAGGCCAUUUUCAUGUCAUAUACAAGAACCACGCAACAUAAAAUGAGACCAUGAGGACCAAAAUAAGAACAUAAAACAGUAAAAAAUUAAAGGGUUAUUAAGUUACCUUGAGGACCUGUGUGGGGUUUACAUGAAAGCAAGACUGACUUUCCAUUUUUAAAAAGUCAAUUAAGGUUAAAACCUUUAAUACUUUUGUUGAAAGUAGACAUGCAGCGAUCCAUUUUUUUCCAAUCUGAUACCGAUACCUGGGCUGAGCAUACCGGCCGAUAUCCGAUACCGAUCCAAUACUACUGUUGAAUGAGUGAAGUGUAUACCUUGCCCUGGGACUGAAGGCAAACUUAAUUAAUAUUAUUUAUUAACAAAUAACAAAUCUGCACAUUAGCACACAGCAAAAAGAAGCAAGACUUCCAUGUAAACAUUUAGUACAAAAGGAUAGACAGACAUAGAAUAUAGAGCGAACAGAAUCACUGUGUUGCUGUGUAUGUUAUAAUUAAAGGAAAAAAAAGACUGGAUCGGCGUCAUUCAUCAGAUAUCCAAUCCAUUUAAUUUCUCAAUAUCAGAGCCGAUUUCUGAUCCAAGUAUCAGAUCAGUGCAUCCCUAGUUGAAAGUUUAUUUAUAACGUAUUUGCUGUAUGUAUAGUUCUCUAUUUAACAUAACUUUUUCUCACAGGUGGUUGGAGUCAGCGGUUGCCCAGUGCCAGCGCCCUGGGGAAGAUCUUCACUCCCCUACCGCUGGGUGACCCUCUCUACCAGAUGCUUGAGCUUAAGCUGGCCAUCUAUGUUGAAUUCCCUCCCCACAUGAAGCCUGGUGUGCUUGUGACCUGUGCAGAUGACAUUGAGCUCUACAGCACAGCAGAAGAUGAGAGUAUUACAUUUGACCAACCUGGCUUUACAGCUCUAGCCCACCCUUCCCCGCUCACCAUCGGCACUACACACGGAGUGUUUGUGUUACAUCCACAAGAAAAGUCCUCUAAUUGCUCUGAAAUGGAGAAUGCCUCAUGCCUACGUUUCCUGCACAAACCAAGCAUUGAGAAGAUGCAAGAGAGUGGAGCUGUUUGUAAAAGGCAGGGUGAUUGUUUCUCCCUUCCUGACACAGAGUUUGUCUAUACAGACAGCACAUAUUAUAUGAACUUUGAUACAGCGAAGUCUCUUCUCAAUCUAUUGAAGGAGCUUGGGCCUUUAGAGUGCGAGAUAGAUGCAUACGGGGACUUCCUUCAAGCUCUUGGCCCUGGAGCAACCAUUGAUUACACCAAAAACACUGCAAAUGUGAGCAAAACAGAGAGCAAUCUGGUGAAAACUCGACAAGAGAUCUUCUAUCAUUUAAAAGGGACUCCUCUGAAUGUCAUUCUCCUGAACAACUCUAAGUUUUACCACAUUGGAACCACAUCGGAGUACCUCUACCACCUCACAGAGGAUGCAGCUUUGAGAACAGAGCUGGGUCUGCUGACUUCUGCCUUUAGCGUGCAUAUGAAUGAAAACAGCUCCUCAGGGGUCUGCGUCAUGUACAGUGUCCUCCAUCCCAGCUGCUCUGUGGGAGCCAGGUCAGUGGUGGAGUACUCCAGACUGGGAGCAGGAGUCUCCAUUGGUAGGAGCUCUAUUGUCAGCAGCUGUCAGGUUGGCGCAGGCCUCUCAGUGCCUGAUGGAGUCUUUCUGCACUCACUGUGUGUGAAUUACAAUCAUCAAAUCAGGUAUGUGACUCUCAUCUUUGGGAUUAACGAUGACUUGAAGCACAGUGUGGAAUCUCCUGCACACAUGGAGGAGCUGAAGCUGUUUGGGUGCAGCCUGACAGAGUGUUUGCUCUGCUGGGGGCUGAAAAAUGAAGAAAUACGGUUUUCACGACCAUCCAGCUGUAGUCUGUGGAACGUCUGUUUAUUUCCUGUUUGCUCAGAUCUACAAAGCUCAUGUCGGAUGUCGGUGGAGAUGCUGCAGGCUGUUCAGAGCGGCUCCAAAUUCACAUUACCGAAAGACACGAAGUUGAUGUCAAUGCAGGAGGCCUUACAGUGUAAGAACCUGAAGGAAAUGCUGCAGUUCAGGAGGGGACUAUAUGAUGAUAUCACCCGAGGAAAAUCAAACAGUUGAAGGUGGUAUAUGCAAGAGGUCUCAUGUUUAUUAAAAAAAAAAAAAAACAAGACUACACAAUUGUGUUUUAAAUCGUUCGUAUAUUACACAAUCAUUUAGAUUUUUUUUUCAAAAGUAUAUUGUUUUGUCCCAAAGAUAAUGUCAGCACAGUCACAGGAUACAAAAAAUUAACAAGCAUGACAAGGUUUUACUACAUUUUCAGAGGAAGGAAUUAAAAAGAUUGAGUAUCUUGUACCUAAAUGAAACACUUUCAUUAAGAAUGACUGAUAGACCGUACUUUUAUUUCACUUUCAGGGAAGUGCAAAGAAAAGGAGCUGUAGCAUCAAAAAUGGGUAAUUAAAAAAUAUUUGAUUAGAAUAUGCUGUACUCAAUCACAAAUCAAUGUAGUAAAAAAUUGGACAAAAUAUAAAAAAGUAGAAAACAAACAAAUAAAAACUUCUGUAAACACACAAGACUUUCAGCUUUGUUUUUUAAAUUUUUUGCUUUAUUUUUUUUGCUUUAUUUUCAGUUAUACUAUUUAUUAAUGCAAAUCCUCAGAAAACAUUACAUGGUAGAACCCUUAUUCAGAGUGGUGCCCAGGUAUGACAAGCUAUAGAGCAGAUUUAAAGGGGAUAUUCCAGUGUAAGUUUAAGUCAUGGUCAAACACACAUUAACACAGAGUUAGACACCCCCUCAAGAGAUGAAUUUUGCCGACCGCUUGCUUCUUUAGUUCUACCAACUUUAGCAAUGACCGAAUGAUAAUAAUAUACAGUGGUUUAUGUCUCCACGUGCAAACUGCAGCCAAAAAGCCACUCUAUAGCCACAAAUAAUGCUCAGAACAGCACCUAACUUCACCAACAGUACAUAUAGGGUCCCAGCCAUAGUGCUAGCCAUCAUGGAAAUGUAAUCAAUUCCUUGAAGUAAUAAUCAUCAUAAUAAUCAUUUUGCUCUGCAGACACAGUAGUUCUCCUGCGUUAGCGUCUCAGUCUGAUUGCAUUUCCAUGAAGUAAUAACCAUAAAUGUUCUUCCUGGAGCUGUGAAACUCCACUGCACUCUGUGAUCGACUCAUCAGGGCUCCCCCACAAACAAGCGGCUGCUGGAAGAGAGUAGGUGAGUUGUGUUUGGUCUCUUUACCAAAGAUAUUAGGCAAGGUUAAAAAGAUGUUUGAUGGCUAGUACUACUUUAUACUACUUUUUACUUUAUAAAAACCUUAAAUAGGAAUGAUGAUCUUUCCUGACUCUGAAGUACGAGAGUGAACAAUUAAAUCUAAAAUCAACCAUAAGACGACUUACUGAACACUGACCAACACUGCUCUCAUGGUUUACACACAGGCUCACGCUGACUUUGAUUCAAGCCUGCUCACACAUGGAGGGAGAUCAGUUGUCGUAGUUGUCAGGCAUUCCACUCAAAGGUGUUUAUUUUUAGCCCACAGCCAUGAUCCC